AUGGAGGAGCAGGACGAGGGGGAGGAAAUGCUGCGGAAUUGGACCAGUGCGAGCAGUCUUGUCGCUGAAGCCCUGACCCUCUUGCCAGAGGGAGUGUCGCCCAUGGACUCCACAGCGGAGCUGGUCGGGGACUGUAUAUAUGAUAUUGCUGCUGCUGCAGUUCCUGGCAGUGCUGCUGCAGCUGCUGCCACUGCUGUUGCUGUUGCUGUUCCUGCUAGUGCAGCUGCUGCCACUGUUGUUGUUGCUGCAGGUGCAGCUGCUACCACUGUCGCUGCUGUUGCUGAUGGUGCAGCUGCAGCAACUGAUCUUGCUAUUGCUACUCGUGCAGCUUCUGACAAUGUUAUGGGUGUUGCUGCUUGUGCAGCUGCAGCCACUGUUGUGGCUGUUGCUGCUGGUGCAGCUGAGCCACUGUUGCUCUUGCUGCUGGUGCAGCUGCUGCCACUGUUGUGGGUGUUGCUGCUGCUGGUGGAGCUGCAGCUACUGUUGUUGGUAUUGCUUGCUCCUGGUGAAGCUGAAGCUGCUGCUGGUGCAGCUGUAGCCACUGUUGUUGUUGCUGCUGGUGCAGCUGUAGCCACUGUAGUUGCUUUUGCUGCUAGUGCAGCUGCAGCCACUGUUGUUGUUGCUGCUGCUGCUGUUGGAGCUGCAGCUGCAGUCACUGUUGUUGCUGUUGCUUCUGAUGCAGCUGUAGCCACUGUUCUUGCUGUUGCUACUGGUGCAGCUACUGCCACUGUUGAGGCUGUUGCUGCUGUUGCAGCUGCAACCACUGUUGUUGCUGCUGCAGCUGGUGGAGCUGCAUCCACUGUUGUUAGUGCUGUUGCUGGUGGGGCUGCAGUCACUGUUCUUGUCGUUGCUGCUGGUGGAUCUGCUGCCACUGUUGCUCUUGCUGCUGGUGCAGCUGUAGCCACUGUUGUUUUUGCUGCUGGUGCAGCUGCAGCCACUGUUGUUGCUUUUGCUGCUGGUGCAGCUCCUGCGCUGCUGUUGCUGUUUCUGCAGCUGUUGUCUCUCGGUUUUGUUCUACUGCCUGGUGGAUAA